AUGAAUCGCACAGGAGUAAUGAUGCAAGCUAAUAAUAUGCUUGGAAAUAAUAUCAUGAACCCUCAACAACAACAAAAAUGGAUGGAUAAACCAGGUGGUGAUCAAAGUCCUCUUGCUCAUUUAAAAUCAUUAAAUUCACUAUUAGCUAAAGAAGUUGUUUCAUUAACUGAUAUGAUGCUUGGAAUACCAGCUCAAGAAAAAUUUGGAAUAUUUAAUGAUCGAGGAGAACAAGUUUACUAUGCGUUUGAAGAUUCUGAUUUUUGUGAACGCAUAUAUUGUCCAAAAACGCGUAAAUUUACUCUUCAUAUUGUUGACAGUAGCAACACAGAAGUCAUUCGUGUUCAUCGAGACUUUAAAUGUUGUUCUGGAUGUUGCUGGUGUGCAUGUUGCGAAGCAUGUAGUCAAGAAGUGACGGUUGAAUCACCUCCUGGAACAUUCGUUGGUUCAGUUGCUCAGGAAUGUAGUGGUUGGCGCAUGAAUUAUGCUAUUAAAGAUAUAAGCGGUCAGGAAGUAUUCAAAAUUGUUGGACCUGGAUGCGUGUGUGAUGGACCAUAUGCAUGUUGUUGUGAAAAUAAGUUUACUUUAUAUUCUGCUGAUGGCGUACAUGAAGUUGGUGCGAUUCAUAAAAAAUAUCGAGGAUACUUAGUUGAAGCAAUGACCAACGCUGAUAACUUUACUAUUCAAUUUCCACUCGAUCUUGAUGUUCGAAUGAAAGCAGUUGCACUUGGUGCUUUAUUUUUAAUUGACUUUUCGAAUUAUGUUCGAGGACAACGUAGAUAA